UGCGCCAUGCCACACACUUGAAGCUCAAUCUUCCUUGGAGACAGUGAGAGCGCUGGAUCACGGCAUGACAUUGCAACAAUAGUUUCGCCAGUCAGCUGUAUCACUACAAUCCAGACAGAAAGAGGAGGAGAGGAAGUCUGCAGAGAGUGAGCUGGGCCAAAUUGGAGUGCUGAGGAGAAGAGUUGACAGAUCCGGGAAGAGUCGUGGGGCUGGGUGGGGUGGAUAAGUGAAGAGUGUGAAGAGGAAGGUGAAGAAAAGGGAGGACUAAGGAUGCACGGAGCCAGGAGGAAGAGCUUCUGAGAGUGCACACACGUUCACACAGUGUGUUGAGGCCCCCAGUGGAGGAUGAAGAAGCACUCAGCCCGAGUAGCUCCUCUCAGCUCCUACAGCACUCAGGUCCUGACCUGCCCCAUUUCUGAAGGAGAGGAUGGUUUGGAGUCUCACGCCGAGACGCCCGGCAGUGAGACAAGUGCGGAGAGCCAGUCGUACCAGACAUGCACCAGCACAGUGCUGAAGGUGUUUGGUGGCUUACUGAUGGUGCUGUGCAUCUCCUCCUCCUGGGUGGGUACCACUCAGGUGGUCAAGCUGACCUUCCAGUCAUUCUCCUGUCCUUUCUUCAUAUCCUGGUUCAGCAGCAACUGGAAUAUCCUCUUCUUUCCUAUUUAUUACUCUGGACAUGUGGUGACCACAAAGGAGAAGCAGACACCCAUUCAAAAAUUCAGAGAGUGCAGCAAGCUGUUUGGCGAAGAAGGAAUGACUCUGAAGCUUUUUGUAAAGAGGACGGCACCUUUCUCCAUCCUGUGGACGUUGACAAACUACUUGUACCUUUUGGCCUUGAAGAAGUUGACCGCUACUGAUGUCUCCGCCCUUUACUGCUGCCACAAGGCUUUUGUCUUUCUCUUGUCCUGGAUCGUCCUCAAGGAUCGCUUCAUGGGUGUCCGGAUUGUUGCUGCCAUCAUGGCCAUCACAGGAAUCGUCAUGAUGGCGUAUGCUGACGGUUUCCAUGGCGACUCCUUCGUGGGUGUGGCGCUAGCUGUGGGCUCAGCCUCAACUUCAGCUCUUUAUAAGGUGCUAUUCAAGAUGUUCCUGGGAAGUGCCAGCCUUGGCGAAGUGGCUCAUUUCCUUUCUACCAUGGGUUUCUUCAACCUCAUCUUCAUCUCCUGUGUGCCCCUCAUCCUCUAUUUGACCAAAGUAGAGCAAUGGGGCUCCCUCUCUUCACUGCCUUGGGGAUACAUGUGUGGCCUGGCAGGACUGUGGCUAGUAUUCAACAUUCUGGUUCACGUCGGUGUUGUCCUAACGUACCCCAUUCUCAUCUCCAUAGGGACGCUCCUCAGUGUCCCGGGAAAUGCAGCUGUAGAUAUCCUUAAACACGCGGUGAUCUUCAGCAUGGUCCGCCUCGCGGCCACGUGCAUCAUCUGCCUGGGUUUCUUGCUGUUGCUGCUUCCUGAAGAGUGGGACUCGGCCACGUUGCGCCUCCUGGCCACCAUUGCAGAUAAAAAGUCGGAGGAUCACGGCGAGGAACUAACAGAGUCCAGCAUGCACACCAGAAGCCGCAGUCGAGCUAAUGGCGCCGUCUCCCUUCCCUUAGCAUAAUAUUGCGAGACUCCACCAGGAGCUGCUUUCCUCCACUGCCCACCUAAAGAGGGAAGACAUUUGAUUAAAACAGUCCGCAGGAUUUAAUAGAAUAUCAAGUUUCUUUGUCAAGGGUGCAUCAGGCACGCCUGGCUCACUAACGGUGGAAAGCGUUUACUUUCUCGAUAAACCUGCCACACUCAAUCCCUCACCCGUUGACUGACCUCUGCCCUGCUCUGCUCUGCAGAAUAUAUUCUGUGAAUAUAAAUCAUGGCAGGGACAGUCUGGCCAGACCUAUAUGUAUUUAUAUUUAUUUAUUUAGAAAGGGAAUGACGCAUACUAUUUAUUUCAAAUAUUACUGACAUGCAUUAUAUAUAAAAAAGGACUGGCAAUUAUCCAAUUCUUGAUGUACAUGUAUUUUCUGUUAUUUUUCAUAAUGAUAAGAAAGUGCUCACACUCAUUUACUGUCAUAUAACGGAAUCACACCUCAAAUCAGCCACUUGUAUAAGUAUUAUUAUUAUAAAUACUUGUAUAUAAGUAUUUGAAAGUUUGAUACCCUGAGUGCCACGGUUUACCAAAAUGUCUUAAGACAAUCAUCAUCCAUUGAGUGUCUUUUGGGAAUAUACUAAAUGCAUUAUUUCUGUGUUACAAAAAAACAGGGCAGGACAAAUAAAUGAGCGCAAUCUACAAAUAUUACAUGAAGAUUCUUAAAACCUAACCAUAUGCAUUUUUUAACAGUCUGGAAUUAAUUUAAAUAUUCAUUUGCAUCAGGCUAAAGCUUCAUGUCAGAGUAAGCAGGAUGUCUCUCCGAGAAACUCAAGAUGUGAGGACAGUGAAGAUUCAGACUGAUAUUUUUUUUGACUGAAUAUAUUGCAUUUUUUAAAAAAAAAAAACACCAGCUAUUUCGAGUAAUGACUGUUGAAUGAAGCUUUCGAAAUAAUGCAUUGAUGUAGACUAAAUAGGGCAAGAGCUGGACCAGAGCAUUGAUGUACAGAGUAAGAAAAAUUAAUUAUUAAUAUUAUUUGGAAUACAAACAGUGGAAAUAGAGCUGAGUGCACUGCACUUUAUCACCUUGCACAAACAAUAGCGCAUGCUACCGAGAAAUAGAAAGAAAAAAAAGCCUAGGGGGAGUAUUAAACUGCAGAGCAGAAAUGAUUGGCAUGUCACACGCAUGCACACACGCACGUCUACAUUGCAUUGCUGCUAUGGGUUUACUAAACAAUUCCAAAUCAAUGAGACUGAAUAAUACAGGCCUAAUGUUAUCCGAUUGUAAUUGCAUUAAGCAAGGAAUUGAAAAGUUUUUGUUUUUUUAAGCCAAAAAUAAUGUCAAAUAAGUUCUCUUUCCACCCAGAAAGGUCUGCCAAAAGCAUCAAGCUCUCUCGAGCGUUUACCGUGAAAUAAAUCCCUGGGGAGAGUUUCUAUAGAAACAUCAUCACAAUAAGAAAGUGAAGAACAAACGCAUGGCUGAGACCGGUACA